AAACAAGUAAAAGGUCAGAAGCCGGAAACCUUCACGUUUCACGCACAGAAUUCUAUGCAUCUUUCCGCCUCAUGACCAAACAGCCCCACUUGCUAUAAUUAAUUAAGUAAAGCCCACAAUUCUACUUUACUUUUUUACACCUCAAAAAUUCUCAGAAUAUUACAAAUACAUCCAUUUUCUCCUUCCUCUUUCUUAGUGUGAGAAAAGUUAGAGAGAGAGGCGUUGUUUGAGCUGAAAAUUGCACAGUUACAGAGUAAUGGCAGUUGGUAAUUGAACAUUUUAUACAGGGAAAUGUCUGGUAGACGAUCGAGUUAUACUUUGUUGAAUCAAAUUCCUGAUGAUAAUUUUUUCCAGCCGCCGGCGCCGAAGUUCUCUGCCGGAGCUGGUGUAACGCCGUACGGCGAGUCUAAUUCCCUCGAGAAGAACAGAGGUAAAGUAUUUGAUUGGGACUUGAUUGAUCACCGCAUGAUACAAUCACAGAACCGGGUCGGAUCAUUUCUGGUACCUAGUUCGAUCGGGUCGCAGAGGCAAUCAAGCGAGGGUAGCUUCGGUGGUAGCUCGCUGUCUGGGGAGAACUACGUGGGGACCUCCUUUGGGAAUAAGAAUGACGGCUGCGGCUCGUCGGUGGCAAGGAGCUGGGCGCAGCAGACGGAAGAGAGUUAUCAGCUGCAGUUAGCUUUGGCAAUAAGGCUCUCUUCAGAAGCAACCUGUGCUGAUAGUCCAAACUUCUUGGAUCCUGUGACUGAUGUAUUGGCAUCCCGAGACUCAGAUUCUACUGCAUCAGCGGAAACAAUGUCACAUCGAUUGUGGAUAAAUGGAUGUAUGUCGUACUUUGACAAAGUCCCUGAUGGAUUUUAUUGGAUUUAUGGGAUGGACCCAUAUGUUUGGGCUCUCUGCUCAGUUCUGCAAGAAAGUGGCCGUAUCCCAUCAAUUGAAUCAUUGAAGGCAGUUGAUCCCUCUAAAGCACCAUCUGUUGAAGUGAUUUUAAUUGAUCAGUGUAAUGAUCUCAGCUUGAAGGAACUGCAGAAUAGAAUUCAUAGCAUAUCCCCUAGUUGCAUCACCACAAAAGAAGCUGUUGAUCAGCUUGCCAAGUUGGUUUGCGAUCAUAUGGGGGGUGCAGCUCCUGCUGGAGAAGAGGAGUUGGUUUCCAUGUCAAAGGGGUGCAGUGAUGACCUGAAGCAUCGUCUUGGAACUAUCGUGCUUCCCAUUGGUAGCCUGUCUGUUGGGCUUUGCAGGCAUCGUGCUUUGCUUUUUAAAGUGCUAGCUGACAUCAUUGAUUUACCAUGUCGAAUUGCCAAGGGAUGUAAAUAUUGUAAUAGCUCUGAUGCUUCCUCAUGUCUUGUUCAAUUUGAACGUGACAGGGAGUACCUGGUUGAUUUGAUCGGUAAGCCUGGAGUAUUAAGCGAACCAGAUUCCUUGCUGAAUGGUCCAUCUUCCAUCUUAAUCCCUUCACCUUUGCGCUUUCCGAGAUACAGACAAGUUGAGCCUACAAUUGAUUUGAGGUCAUUGGCCAAACAGUAUUUCUUGGAUAGUCAAUCACUUAAUCUACUGUUUGAUGAUUCUUCAGCUGGAGCUGCAGCUGAUGGAGAUGCAGGACAAUCAGACAGAAGUAGCAUGGACAGAAACAAUGCAGUCUCUAGUUCAAGUAAUCGUGAUGAAAUUUCUCAGUUACCUCUGCCUCCAUUAAAUGCAUGGAAAAAGGGACGAGACAAAGAAUCUCAACUUUCUAAAAUGUAUAAUCCUCCAAGUAUGUUAAAUCCAGUGAACAUGGACAAGGACCUGGUUCUUUUGAAGCAUGUCCCUCCAUUACAGGAAGAUGCUCAACCAUUGAUGACACGAGCAGAUACAGUAAAAGAUACUAGGUUUCUUGCUGGAGGAGGUCAUGUCGUUUCUGCUAUACCAAGUGAAGAACUUGCUCUCGAUGUAGAAGAGUUCAAUAUUCCAUGGAAUGAUCUGGUUCUGAUGGAGAAAAUCGGGGCAGGGUCUUUUGGUACUGUUCACCGUGGUGAUUGGCAUGGUUCUGAUGUUGCCGUGAAGAUUCUCAUGGAACAAGAUUUUCAUGCAGAGAGAUUCAAGGAAUUUUUGAGGGAGGUUGCAAUUAUGAAGCGGUUGCGACAUCCAAAUAUUGUACUUUUUAUGGGUGCUGUCAUUCAGCCACCAAAUUUGUCCAUAGUCACAGAAUAUUUAUCGAGAGGUAGCUUAUAUAGACUUCUUCAUAAACCUGGUGCGAGAGAGGUGUUGGAUGAAAGGCGUCGGCUGUGUAUGGCUUACGAUGUGGCAAAUGGGAUGAAUUAUCUUCACAAACGCAAUCCUCCCAUUGUGCACCGAGAUUUAAAAUCUCCAAAUCUUCUAGUGGACAAAAAAUAUACAGUGAAGAUCUGUGAUUUUGGUCUUUCUCGUUUCAAAGCGAAUACAUUCCUUUCAUCGAAGACUGCUGCCGGAACUCCGGAAUGGAUGGCACCUGAAGUUAUUCGUGAUGAACCAUCAAAUGAGAAAUCUGAUGUAUACAGCUUUGGUGUCAUUUUGUGGGAGCUGGCAACACUUCAACAACCAUGGAAUAAAUUGAACCCACCACAGGUUAUAGCAGCUGUCGGUUUUAACAGGAAGAGGCUUGACAUUCCAAGUGACUUGAAUCCUCAAGUGGCGAUUAUUAUUGAAGCUUGCUGGGCUAAUGAGCCGUGGAAACGCCCCUCCUUUUCCACUAUCAUGGAUAUGCUGAGACCUCAAAUUAAAUCUCCUCUACCUCAACCAGGUCACACAGACAUGCAGUUGCUCUCAUGAAUACAUGCGAUAACUAGAUGCUUUCUGCACAUAUUCUGCAUUCAUUACAGGCCAUGUUUCUGGGAGGAAGAACAUUUGGAUUAUGUCAGGCCUGCAUGAUGUACCUGUGCAUAUUAAUUCAGAUUGCCUUUGGAGAAAACCAAGUUUUCUUCGCAAGCUCAAUCAGUGGCCACUGCCUCACAGAAGAUCCUUCGCGCUGGGCAUGUCCAUUUCCUCUUUGAACCAUUGUUUGAGCAACUGAUUUUGUUCAAUUUCAAUUUUUGUAAUUUCUGCCCAGAAUUCAUGUUGUAUAACUGUAUGCAAAAGCAUUAUAAUGGAAAUUUGGGUCAUAGAAAUGUUCACAUAAAUCACACCAUGUUAUUGUGUGGGCUUUAUGGUGA